AUGUGGACUGGUGAUGAUUUACAACGACUCGUGCGCCGGGAACUCGCCGAAUAUCGGCUCAUCGUAGUAUCCAACCGCCAACCUUACGCCUUCCGCAUUGAGAACGGCCAACUGGUCGGCGAAAUGCCACCCGGCGGACUCACCGCCGCCAUCGACCCACUCAUGCGCGCCUGUGGCGGCACCUGGAUCGCCCAGAGCGGCGGCGAAGCCGACCUGACGGCGAUGGACGCUGACGGCCGGGUCGCCGUCCCCCUUGGUUCACCGGCCUACAACCUGCGCCUCCUCAACCUCACUGAAGCCGAAAACAACGGUUACUACUACGGCUUCUCCAACGAGGGUCUUUGGCCCCUGUGCCACAUCGCCUACACCGAGCCCGUGUUCGACGCCCAGAACUACGAAACCUACAAGGCCGUCAACCGCAAGUUCGCCAACCUCGUCGUCGACGAAAUUGGCGACCAGCCGGCCAUCGUCCUGGUCCAGGACUACCACCUCGCCCUGCUGCCCCGCUACAUACGCCAGGUCUGCGAAGACGUCAUCAUCGGUCAGUUCUGGCACAUCCCCUGGCCCAACCCCGACAUCCUGCGCAUCUGCCCCUGGCAGGAAGAAAUCCUGGACGGUAUGCUCGGCAACGACCUGCUCGGAUUCCACCUCGCCGGCGACUGCCACAACUUCCUCGAUUGCGUGCAACGCAACCUCGACGCCCAGGUGGAACCCCAAUUCGGCCUCGUCGAUUAUCAAAACGACAUGACACUGGUGCGCCCGUUCCCCAUCAGCAUCGACUUCGACGGGCUCGACGCUGAGGCCCGCUCGCCGGAGGUUGAGUCGGAAAUGGCCCGCCUCACUCAGGAAUUCGGCCUCGAUCACGGACGCAUCCUCGGCCUCGGCAUCGACCGCCAGGACUACACCAAGGGCAUCCCUCACCGUCUGCGUGCCGUAGAACGGUUCCUGGAAAAGUGGCCCGAAUAUCAGGGCCGCCUCGUGUUCCUGCAGGCCGGAGCCACCAGCCGCACUAACAUCGACUCCUACAUGCAACUCACCAUCGACAUCGAAUCCACCGUCAACCGCAUCAACGAACGCUUCGGCGACGGCAACUGGCAACCCAUCGCCUACUGGCCCACCUCGUUCCCCUCGGCCACCUUCUCCGCCCUGCGUCGCCUCGCCAGCUUCUGCGCCGAAAGCAGCCUCCACGACGGCAUGAAUCUGGUGGCCAAGGAAUACGUCGCCUCCCGCGUCGACGAAGACGGCGUGCUCAUCCUCAGCGCCUUCGCCGGCGCCUCCCAGGAACUCAGCAGUUCCAUCAUCAUCAACCCCUACGCCACCGAGCAGUUCGCCGACGCCAUCCAUCAGGCCCUGACCAUGAGCGACGAGGAGCGCCGUUUGCGAAUGCGGCACAUGCGCAGCAUCGUUCAGGAAAAUAACAUCUACAACUGGGCGGGCCGCAUCAUGAUGAACCUGAUGCAGGCCAGCACCCCCGACCACGCCCGAUUGCCCACGGCCCAAGCCAUCUAA